AUGUCGAUGGAGGAGGGAGAUACUGAUGCCUCCCAACAGCAGGAGAAUCCCACAGGAGGCAGCAGGUGUUUGGUGGUUGUUCAGGAACAGCAGGAGCAGCAGGAGCAGCAGGAGACUGAUGAAGGCAGAUUCGUCCAGAGGGGAGCUGUGGAUCCAGGCCCAGGUCAUGGUGAGGGGAAAGGAUUGCUGCAACUGAUCCCCAAAGUACUGCUCCUUCAAUGUCACUUUCCCGUCUCUCUCCUUCUCCCUCCUCUCCCCCCGUCUCCCCCGUCUCCCCCGUCUCCCCCUGCAGUCUGUGAGUUUGGUGUUUUCCACAGAGGAGGCAGCGCUCGUCUCUGCGGGGGUGUCAUCAGUCUCAUCAUCAUAGUCAUCAGUCUCAUCAUCAGUCUAAUCAUCAGUGUCAGUCUCAUCAUCAGUCUCAUCAUCAGUCUCAUCAUCAUCAGUCUCAUCAUCAGUCUCAUCAUCAGUCUCAUCAUCAGUCCCGUCAUCAGUCUCAUCAUCAGUCCCGUCAUCAGUCUCAUCAUCAGUCUCAUCAUCAGUCUCAUCAUCAGUGUCAUCAUCAGUGUCAUCAGUCUCAUCAUCAGUUUCAUCAUCAGUCUCAUCAUCAGUGUCAUCAGUCUCAUCAUCAGUCUCAUCAGUCUCAUCAUCAUCUCAUCAAGUCUCAUCAUCAGUCUCAUCAUCAGUCUCAUCAUCAGUCUCAUCAUCAGUCUCAUCAUCAGUCUCUUCAACAGUCUCAUCAUCAGUCUCAUCAACAGUCUCAUUACCAGUCUCAUCAUCAGUCUCAUCAUCAGUCCCAUCAUCAGUCCCAUCAUCAGUCUCAUCAGUCUCAUCAACAGUCUCAUCAUCAGUCUCAUCAGUCUCAUCAUCAGUCUCAUCAUCAGUCUCAUCAACAGUCCCAUCAUCAGUUUCAUCAUCCGUCUCAUCAGUCUCAUCAUCAGUCUCCUCAGUCUCAUCAUCAGUCUCAUCAUCAGUGUCAUCAACAGUCUCAUCAUCAGUCUCAUCAUCAGUGUCAUCAUCAGUGUCAUCAACAGUCUCAUCAUCAGUCUCAUCAUCAGUCUUAUCAUCAGUCUCAUCAUCAGUCUCAUCAGUCUCAUCAUCAGUCUCAUCAUCAGUCUCAUCAUCAGUCUCAUCAGUAGUCUCAUCAUCAGUCUCAUCAUCAGUCUCAUCAGUCUCAUCAGUCUCAUCAUCAGUCUCAUCAUCAGUCUCAUCAUCAGUCUCAUCAACAGUCUCAUCAUCAGUUUCAUCAUCCGUCUCAUCAUCAGUCUCCUCAGUCUCAUCAUCAGUCUCAUCAUCAGUCUCAUCAUCAGUGUCAUCAACAGUCUCAUCAUCAGUCUCAUCAGUCUCAUCAUCAGUCUUAUCAUCAGUCUCAUCAUCAGUCUUAUCAUCAGUCUCAUCAUCAGUCUCAUCAGUCUCGUCAUCAGUCUCGUCAUCAGUCCCAUCAUCAGUCCCAUCAUCAGUCUCAUCAGUCUCAUCAACAGUCUCAUCAUCAGUCUCAUCAGUCUCAUCAUCAGUCUCAUCAUCAGUCUCAUCAACAGUCCCAUCAUCAGUUUCAUCAUCCGUCUCAUCAGUCUCAUCAUCAGUCUCCUCAGUCUCAUCAUCAGUCUCAUCAUCAGUGUCAUCAACAGUCUCAUCAUCAGUCUCAUCAUCAGUGUCAUCAUCAGUGUCAUCAACAGUCUCAUCAUCAGUCUCAUCAUCAGUCUUAUCAUCAGUCUCAUCAUCAGUCUCAUCAGUCUCAUCAUCAGUCUCAUCAUCAGUCUCAUCAUCAGUCUCAUCAGUAGUCUCAUCAUCAGUCUCAUCAUCAGUCUCAUCAGUCUCAUCAGUCUCAUCAUCAGUCUCAUCAUCAGUCUCAUCAACAGUCUCAUCAUCAGUUUCAUCAUCCGUCUCAUCAUCAGUCUCCUCAGUCUCAUCAUCAGUCUCAUCAUCAGUCUCAUCAUCAGUGUCAUCAACAGUCUCAUCAUCAGUCUCAUCAGUCUCAUCAUCAGUCUUAUCAUCAGUCUCAUCAUCAGUCUUAUCAUCAGUCUCAUCAUCAGUCUCAUCAGUCUCGUCAUCAGUCUCGUCAUCAGUCUCAUCAUCAGUCUCAUCAUCAGUCUCAUCAGUAGUCUCAUCAUCAGUCUCAUCAUCUGUCUCCUCAGUCUCAUCAGUCUCAUCAUCAGUCUCAUCAUCAGUCUCAUCAUCAGUCUCAUCAACAGUCUCAUCAUCAGUCUCAUCAUCAGUCUCAUCCUCAGUCUCAUCAUCAGUCUCAUCAUCAGUCUCAUCAGUCUCAUCAUCAGUCUCAACAUUAGUCUCAUCAGUCUCGUCAUCAGUCUCAUCAGUCUCAUCAUCAGUCUCAUCAUCAGUCUCAUCAGUCUCAUCAUCAGUCUCAUCAUCAGUCUCAUCAUCAGUCUCAUCAGUCUCAUCAUCAGUCUCAUCAUCAUUCUUAUCAUCAGUCUCAUCAUCAGUCUCAUCAUCAGUCUCGUCAUCAGUCUCGUCAUCAGUCUCAUCAUCAGUCUCAUCAUCAGUGUCAUCAGUCUCAUCAUCAGUCUCAUCAGUCUCAUCAUCAGUCUCAUCAUCAUUCUCAUCAGUCUCAUCAUCAGUCUCAACAUCAGUCUCAUUAGUCUCAUCAUCAGUCUUAUCAUCAGUCUCAUCAGUCUCAUCAUCAGUCUCAUCAUCAGUCUUAUCAUCAGUCUUAUCACCAGUCUCAUCAUCAGUCUCAUCAUCAGUCUCAUAAUCAGUCUCAUAAUUAGUCUCAUAAUCACUCUCAUCAUCAGUCUCAUCAGUCUCAUCAGUCUCAUCAUCAGUCUCAUCAUCAGUCUCACCAUCAGUCUCAUCAUCAGUCUCGUCAUCAGUCUCGUCAUCAGUCUCGUCAUCAGUCUCAUCAUCAGUCUCAUCAUCAGUCUCAUCAUCAGUCUCAUCAUCAGUCUCAUCAGUCUCAUCAUCAGUCUCAUCGUCAGUCUCAUCAUCAGUCUCAUCAUCAGUCUCAUCAGUCUCAUCAUCAGUCUAAUCAUCAGUUUCAUCAGUCUCAUCAGUCUAAUCAUCAGUCUCAUCAGUCUCAUCAUCAGUCUCAUCAUCAGUCUCAUCAGUCUCAUCAUCAGUCUCAUCAUCAGUCUCAUCAGUGUCAUCAUCAGUCUCAUCAGUCUAAUCAUCAGUCUCAUCAGUCUCAUCAUCAGUCUCAUCAUCAGUCUCAUCAUCAGUCUCAUCAGUCUCAUCAUCAGUCUCAUCAUCAGUCUCAUCAGUGUCAUCAUCAGUCUCAUCAGUCUCAUCAGUCUCAUCAUCAGUCUCCAUCAGGGUCUGGUAGAGUUCUGGAGGGGGAGUUUCCAACACUACACUACAAUACGGUUUAACACACUCUCAGAGACUGUACCUGUGCUCCGAGACUAA